GAGCUCAGAAACAGCUCAGUAACCUGGAGGAAAGAGAGCUCAGAGACAGCUCAGUAACCUGGAGGAAAGAGAGCUCAGAGACAGCUCAGUAACCUGGAGGAAAGAGAGCUCAGAGACAGCUCAGUAACCUGGAGGAAAGAGAGCUCAGAGACAGCUCAGUGAUUUCUGCUGUUGUGAGAAUUUACUAUCAGAUCACCAGGAUUUAGACACAUAUCACUCGUAGAUCACUAGGAGUCAGACACAGAUCACUAUCAGAUCACCAGGAUUUAGACACAGAUCACUAGUAGAUCACCAGGAGAUCCAGUCCCCAGCCCGGGGUGUCGCCCAUGGACGUGGUUUGUGGAUAGAGUUCCUGUGUUCGAGCCUGGAGCAACCGAGUGAGCAGAAAUUAUCGUCGGGCAUUACUGCGACCAAUGGCGUACACCUACACCAGUUCUAGUGCCGGCCCCGUUGGGUCUCAGUAUUGUGUCUGCAGAGUGGAACUCUCCGUUAGCUGCCAAAAUCUUCUGGACAGAGAUGUGGCCUCCAAGUCUGACCCAUUUUGUGUUUUAUUUUUGGAAGUGAAUGACAAAUGGACUGAGAUUGACAGAACAGAAACAACAGUAAAUAAUUUAAAUCCAGUAUUUGCCAAGAAGUUUAUCAUCAACUAUCACUUUGAAGAAGUGCAGAAGUUAAAAUUUGCAUUGUUUGAUCAGGACAAGUCGAGCACACAACUCUACGAACAUGACUUCCUAGGGGAAUUUUCAUGCACUCUUGGAUCGAUUGUCUCCAGCAAGAAGAUUACGCGACCCCUGGUUUUGGGGAAUGGGAAGCCAGCAGGGAAAGGCGUUAUAACGAUCAUUGUUCAAGAGUUGUCUGAUAACAGGGUGAUCACCCUCAAUAUGUCUGGGAGGAAACUCGACAAAAAGGAUCUAUUUGGGAAGUCUGAUCCAUUUUUAGAAUUCUACAAACAAGGCGAUGACGGGAAAUGGAUGCUGGUUCAUAGAACAGAGGUGAUAAAAUAUACCCUGGACCCAGUGUGGAAGCCCUUCACUGUGCCCUUACAAUCGUUGUGCAAUGGGGACAUUGAAAAACCGAUAAAGAUUGUGUGUUUUGAUUACGACAAUGAUGGAGGACAUGACUUCAUUGGAGAAUUUCAAACUACAGCGAUCAAAAUGUGUGAGGCUCGUGAUUCCACUGCCGUAGAAUUUGAUUGUAUCAAUCCAAAGAAACAAAAGAAAAAAAGAAGCUACAAGAAUUCUGGAAUGAUUAUUAUCAAAUCGUGUAAGAUUACAAGGGAUUAUUCAUUCCUUGACUACAUACUUGGAGGCUGUCAGCUGAUGUUUACAGUUGGAAUUGACUUCACAGCAUCAAACGGUAACCCACGAGACCCAUCAUCCCUGCAUUACAUCAACCCCAUGGGGACAAACGAGUACCUUUCAGCAAUGUGGUCGGUUGGACAAAUCAUUCAGGAUUAUGAUUCAGAUAAGUUGUUUCCGGCAUUGGGUUUCGGUGCUCAGUUGCCCCCAGACUGGAAGGUAUCUCACGAGUUUGCAAUUAAUUUCAACCCUACUAGUCCUUUCUGCUCAGGAGUAGAAGGCAUUAUAGAUGCGUAUUCUGCUUGUCUUCCCAAUAUACGUUUUUAUGGACCAACUAACUUCUCACCAAUAAUUAAUCAUGUUGCGAGAUUUGCAGCCCAAGCAACUCAACAAGAUUCAGCAGCGCAAUAUUUUAUCCUGCUAAUUAUAACAGACGGGGUUAUUAGCGACAUGGAUGAGACUCGGAAUGCUAUAGUGCAGGCGUCCAAGCUACCAAUGUCAAUUAUCAUCGUCGGUGUGGGGAAUGCAGACUUCUCCGCCAUGGAGUUCUUGGACGGAGAUAACCGAGUGCUGCGUUCUAACACGGGUGAGGAAGCUUCACGUGACAUCGUCCAAUUUGUGCCAUUCCGCGAGUUUCGAACGGCGCCUAAAGAAACUCUGGCCAAAGCAGUUCUUGCUGAACUUCCACAGCAAGUGGUCGAUUAUUUCAAGAGCCAUAAUUUGCCUCCUAUCAAGGCUGAGGGAGUAUAGUUACUUUGGGAAAGUGCAUACAAUCCAACAACCAGCCCCAUGUGCUACUAUGAUGUCUCAAAGCAGCUUUCUGUCUGGGAAACAGCAUUGCAGGAGAAGAUUGUUUUAUAUUGAUGUCAUCUUCCCUUGGCUGUUGGACCUAUUGUAUACUAUAGUAUAUCAUUUAUAGUAUAUUGUAUAUCUAAUCUGCUCAGAAAAACAACAGGAAACAUGCACAAACACAGUGAUUGGUUUUGAUCACCAGAUACAAUACAGGCAGCAUCUCAGAAAUGACAGAUUUUUAAAGGGGAAAUAACCCCUUAGGAAAUAUGGGUUUACAUUUUAUAUAGAUCUAUAAAUUUAUUUUUUAUUUUAUAAAUCCUGUCUCUAGCAGGCUGCUUCAGAAGAAAAACUGAUGAUAUACAUUUGUAAACCAUAAAACACGAACAUGGCAACCAUCCCUCUAACUAGUCUACUAUGUCUCCACAAUUGACCUUUGGCUGGGCACCGCCUGUACGUUUUCAAUAAUGUACGGUCAGUAUAGAAUUGUACAUUUAUAGUAUAGGCCAUAACAUGAGCUGAAAUAGACUCAAGUUCACCAGUUUGAGCCUUUCACAUGCCUAUGUCAAUUCUAUUGUAUACACAUCUCAGCAGCAAGGGAUUCUGGGUAAGUUCAAGUAUUGUCAAUAGUUAUAUAUGCAGUAACCUAAAUUCUAUUGCAAACCAUGUGGUAACUGAGAUGUUAAAAGAUAUUUACACUAUUCCUUUUUCGAUAUAUUAUUGUAAUUACAUAGUGUGGUAUAAUACUUGUAAAAUGACUUUUAUUUGCUCACUGUAAGUGCCAUUUUAUUUAGAUAGAACCUGACAACUCCGCCGUGGAACAUCCAGCUGUAGUUUUUGCCUAUAAUUCUCCUUGCCCUUCAUUUCAGAGAAUUUUGGUAACUGUACUACAGAUUAUAGCAGCAGGGGCCAAGCUUGGACAGCUCUGCACCACAUUCUUCUAUAUUUUACAAGUGAUACUGGAGCCAGCAGUAACAACGCUGAAGGCAGUUAUAUGACUUUAAUUCACGAGAGAGUAGCAUAAAUUACUUUGAGAUUUAUGGAGAGAAAAUAAGGAACACAUAUACCUCAACAACCAAAAUAUGAAGAAGUAUAACCCUAGUGAUCUAACAACGUGCUACAAAUCUUCAGCACUUAGGUGUCGAUCCAUCCUUAUGUGAUGAACAAUUGCAGAAUGUCAAUUCCGAUUUAGAAAUUGUCCACAUCACCUCCUACACGACCUUGUUCUCGUACUUUCUGGAGUUGCAGAGGUGACAUGGAGCAAUUUAGAACUUAAGAAACCCAAUCAAUGUUAAGGCCCUUAUUCAGUGCCCUAUCGUGGUUUCUACCAUCAUGCCCGGUUUGUACAAUCUGUAAGCCUAUUUGUAUUUCUGGUUUUGACCUCCGUUAGUUAUCGGAAAUUUGUGUACCUCCGGAAUCCUGACCCGGCUUGUAUAUCGUACUUGCGUCUAUGUAGAAUCCUGGCCUUAGCUGGUUUCUGUCUUUGUCUCUUUUUAUUACGUUAAGUCCGGCCCCUCUAAGGCCUGGUGAUACGUCUAAUAUUGCCUCUCCUUUUUGGGUUUCCCAUAUCCUGUGAGUUUGGAUAUACUCCCCGUGACACAAAGCUAAAUAAAUACAUCUAAGAUGUUAACAAUUGGCUUGCACUGAUCCUACAUGCAUUUGAUUUUGCCCUUCAUAUUUUUUUUCUCCCGUUCCUAGUUAUAGCCAAUUUUAGGUGCUACCUUAUGAAAUCCCUGUAUGAAUUGCACUGUCCCUUCAAACCUCUUUGUUAAAAUAAUGUAUACUGCAAGCUAGUACUGUGCUAUAAAAUAAAUUGGGAUUUUGCAGUGAACACCAAAAAAAAAACGAACGGUAAAACCUACAAAGUACAAAUGUUAAUUGCAGGGGAUCAUAGUGCGUGUACAGUCAACCUGCAGAACGGAGACUAAACUCAGAAUAGCUUUAUCCCCAAACAUCACUCUUUUUGUAAAUAUAACUAAUUUGUUUCUAACUUACUGCAAUUCACUAUUUAGUGAACGCAUCACUUGCAUGUUGUGUCUGUAUUUAUAUGUAAAUGUAUUGCAUGUUUCACGUGUAUUGCAUUCACUCCUAGUAGCAAUGAAACCACCACAUCACCUGUGUGUUUUUAAUCCCACUAUUCCCAUAUAGAAUGAAAUUAGGCUCUAUAAGGCCAAACAACACUUCUCUCCAUUCAUCUCUUAAUGGAAUCCAUUUUACUCCCCAAAAAUGUCUUAACAGUAAGUGAUGAGUUAUAUACGCAAGAUUUUAAAGAAAGGCAGAUUUAUUCGGACAUAAAUGCCAGGUACAGGGAUCAUAACAAGAUCAUGAAAUUUUAAUAUAUUUUAUAAACAUUUUUUUCUUAAUUAUAUUUUGUUUCUUCGAUCUUCUUGAAAAGCAUUAUAUAGCAAAUUGUAGACCAUUGCUACAGUUCCUACUUUUUAUAUUGCAAAAAAAUCCCAAAAUGCUUCAAUUGAUAUCCCCUCUGAAACAAAAUUAAUUAAUCCCAAGUCCUGCUGAAUACCCUGGGCACGGUUCCCUAAACUCUCUCUAUCUUGUUUAAACUCACAGCAGGUAAUUUGAUGGCCCUUCGGAGUCUGCCAUAUUAUAUAAAUACACACUGCCAAAACCAUAUGCCAAUAUAUUUCUAAGCACUAUGCAAUAAACAUUUAUAGUUACCCGCUAUGUCUUUUUAUUUAUAAAAAAAUAAAAAAAAUCCAUUCAUCCUCCAAUUAAGCCAUUAACUAAUAGAAUCACAUUAAACACAGUUAUUAUGAUGCGGUGAAGUAACCUACAGAGCUUACGAUUUCCUACAAAGCU